UUUAGGUUACCUUUUUUCGAGAGGAAAACAAAGCGGAAGAAAUACAGCUGUUAUAAAAGAUGAAAUAUGAGUAGAAAACGUGCGAUAAAUGUUGCGCUUGUUGGUCACCACUUUGGGAAAAUUGAUCUCGAACGAGUGGGUUUCUUCAGCGAUCCAUCACCGGGCCCCUUUGAUGUUUAUCAAGCGCCUAAGGUAAAAUUUCGCGAGGAUAUCUCCAAAAGACGCCAGAUUCUUGCUGGACCUUCUAUUGAAUUAUUCGACAAGAAAUAUGAGCGUAUUUUUGAAGGCGAGGCACUUACGGAACUAUGGCGGGAAGAGGCAAAACAACGGAUAAAGGAUGAAAAGAGGAAGAUUGGUGGUCCUAUGGUACCGACAUCUCCGUCGAAGAAGCACUCGACGCCUGGAGAUUGGUACGGAUGCUUUGCUAAAUCUUCUUACUUUAGUCCGCAAUUCAAGGUGGAAGUGAGAAAAAAGGCGCCAGCUCCACCUAACAUGAAGAUCAAGCCCAAUCCGCUCGGUGGCCCAGGAUACGCGAAUAUUGGCCUGAGUCCUUAUCCGUCAUACUCUCACGAGCCUUACGAUCGCAUCGGAAGAGUAGUUGGCAAAAAAGUGGUGUCUGAAGGCCGAUUCCUGACGACUAGUGCGCCGUUGGAUUAUUUCCCCCCCAAUCCUUACGAGGAUGAGGAACCAGGGCCCACUUACGUCCGUCCGGUCGAGAUUGCGAGGAAGACACUCGGUGCGGCGCGAUUCUACAUCCCUUUCCCCAAGAAACCUGGCGGAAGUCACGCUGGUUGCUUCAGCAAGUUUCCAGAGUACACCGGCGAUCCUUAUGUUAAGGCUAAGAGUAAAGCCGCUGCCGAGCCCAAGUUUAUAAGCGGCGGGCCAUUUCUACGUUCAAAAUAUACGAACAGUAUUAUCGCGCAGAUAACACAAAUAUCGUGCAACGCCCGUAAUUAUUCGGAGUAUCGAGAGCGGGUAUAUCCUGUACAUUGAG